AUGGAGGACCGAUUGUGGUCUUCUUUACAGGAGAGUGGCUGCAGCUGUGUCCCACUGAUUAGAAAAUUUUAUGCAACCCCCUGGCAUGUGGCUUGUGCAGUCGAUGAUGCGGAUGACUGUGCAAUUUUGAUUGGACAGGCGACAGAGGGCCUGGAUCAAUCGGACCUGGAACGAGAGGGUGAACUCCUUUGGACAUGGAUUUCAGGCCAGACAGAUAUGUUGAAACGGCUGCAACUAAAGAUUUUGAGCAAGGCGCGGAAAGUGGAAGCUUUCGUCCGUGAUACUCCUGCUGCUUCAGACGUAUAUUCGCAACAAGUGAGUGGUUCGAUUGAGCUGCAGAAGAAGGUCAGCAGAUCACAGAUUCGUUGGUUGUCUGGAAAUACUGGGUCUCCGGCAGAAGCUGAGAAGGUGGCAAAGAAGUUUUGGGGCAUGGUUCUGGUACAAAUCAUGCUGGAAGCAAAGCUGCCAAUUUGCGAUGUGCCAGCAGACACCGAAGAACAGCGGGCAAAUUUUGCGUUCCGUGCCUUGGGUGUUAGGCGUUCCAAAACUCUGAGGAAUCGAGCCAGGUGCUGGAAGAAGGCGCGACAAUGGUUUCAGAAUGUUAAGAACGUCGUUUUCCCGAAAAUUGCUGGGGAUGUUUUGGACUAUUUGGUCUUCUUGGAGCAGGAGGUAGGGACCAAGACUUGCAUCGAUGAGUUCAUGGCUGCAUUAUCUGUCCUGGAGGAUGCUGGUCAGGUCCCUACCCCUGCACAACUUUCGAAGGAUCGAUUGGUCGUUUCGGCCUCCAAGAGUUAUAUGGCAGAUCUGAAGGAAGGCAGAACUUCGCAUAAGCAGGCUCCACCUCUGACAGUAUCGAUGCUCGUUGCUUUGGAGAUCUUCGUUUGUGCGCAGGAAAACCCGACAUAUGGACGCUGCUUGGCCUGGGCGUGUUUGAUCUGCGUUUGGGCAUGCAUGAGGGUCUCAGACUUGCAGGGCAUCGAUGUGAACAGAUUGUUUCUCUAUGCAUCGGGGCUGAAGGGUGUCUUGACUGAGGUUCCUUUCUUCAUACGUCGAGACGCCAACCUCUCGGGCCAGGUUACGGAUCAGACGUGGCAAAACAGUGGUACGACGCUGGUCCCGAGCGCCUGUUAUUUAUUUUGGACUGGUCAUAGCAUGAGACACGUCCUUCCCACUUUGGCGGCCACAUUUGGGGAGCCGAAGGAGCGUCGGGACUACCUUGGUCGAUGGCACGUGGGCCUGCAGCAGAGCGCUGAUUACAUUCACACCUGCCGGCAGAUUGUUCACGAUGUGCAGCGUUUGGUUUGCGCCCAUUUGUCUGGCGGUGCGCCGGGGUACGAUGAGGAUGAGCUUUUUGAUCAGCUGGCCGCUUGGUUGAGGGGUCGUGGCGAGGACCCCGAUCCUUUGAUCAGACCUUUCAAGAUCCUUCGUUCGGUCAAUGGACACACCGUGCUGAAUCAACGCUGGCCUCUACUGGAUAACUCGGCUUUUGGUUUGGUGCCAGAACCCCCAGUCACUGCAGUGGAGAAUCCGGAUGUGGGAUCAAAACCAUCUCCCUUUUGGGCCAGCGUCAGCCGACACUCACGACAUCGUCGACUGCACAUUCGUGAUGGAUGUUGGGUAUGCCCCAGCUCAUGUUUCCAGGUUGAGGACAUCUGGGAGGUCACACCGAGCGUUGCGGAUAGCUUUUGCAAGCUCUGCUAUCGGGAUCAGGGGGCUGAUACUUUGUCUUCUAGCUCGGGAGAUUCGUCUUCCACGGAGAUUGGGAUCCUCCGGAUGAUGAGUAGAGUUGACGUGUGGCUUAGCUGUGAUCUCAGCCCAUGGAGGUGGACUGGGAUUGACUUCUGUGCAAGCGAUCCGACUUGCAUCUGA